CCUGCCAUCAGAAAAGUGUUGUGAUUAGUACUGUAGUUGACUGUAUCAACUGGACUCUGAGAAGCAGAGGUGCUUGUAAGUAAAUCAUCAACUCAUGGGCAAGGUCAAAGCAGAAGCCCUUUCUUCAAUGUUUAAGAGUCUAGAUUUGUUGCAAGUUACAUUUAAUUGUCUUGACCAAAUACUAGUAGUAUCUGCAUGUGUCUUGCAAGUUCAUUUUGCCACAGUUGCUGCUUACCUGGAACCAAGGUAAUAAAUAUGUAGCAUUUCUAUAGAGGUGUACCUCUUCUGGGCACUUUACAAACAGUAAUUAAGACUUGAGCUGUUUUGAGAGGAGAGAGGCAAGGGUAGCCAUUGAGUGCUUGUUUCUCUUUGUGGCAGGGGAAGGACAUGGUUUUAAAGCAGCAGCAGUGAAUGAUGACUGAGGCUGCAUCCACUAUGAAGAUGCUGAACAAAACACUGAAUGGCACAUCAGAAACAGCACUGUGCCCCCUAGAAGAGAACUACAAACACAUCUUGCUCCCUCUUGCAUAUAGCCUUGUGUUUGUGCUAGGACUGUUCCUAAACGGUGCCAUGCUGUGGCUGUGCUGCUGCACCAAGGAAUGGACAUGCACCACUAUCUACCUGGUGAACCUGGCUGUUGCUGAUCUGCUUUACAUUUUCUCUCUGCCCCUGCUCAUCAUCAGUUAUGCCAUGCAGGACAUCUGGAUUUUUGGAGAACUGCUCUGCAAAAUGGUACGUUUCUUAUUUUACAACAAUCUGUACGGAAGCAUCUUGCUGCUGACCUGCAUAAGUGUCCAUCGCUUUUUGGGGAUUUGCUACCCCAUCCGCUCACUAGCUUAUAUGACCAGGAGACUAGCUGUCAUUGGCACCGCUAUAUCCUGGAUACUGGUGCUCAUGCAACUGCUGCCCAGCUUGAUCUAUGCUCGCACUGGCUUCAUCAAUAACCAAACAGUCUGCUACGAUCUGACUAGCCCUGAUAACUUCAGGAACUAUUACGCCUAUGGGAUGGCUCUAACUGUGUCUGGUUUCCUCUGUCCUUUCCUUAUCAUUUUAAUUUGCUACUGUUUGAUGAUCAGGAGCUUGCUUCAAACUACUGGUAAGACCAGUCACAUGAGCAGUGCUGUCCGGGCUAAAUCAAUCCGGACAAUCCUGCUAGUGUGUGGGCUUUUUGCAGUCUGCUUAGCUCCUUUCCAUAUCACUCGUACAGUAUACCUCUAUGUCCGGGUCCACCGGAAAGCUGACUGCCCUCUCUUACAAGGAGCGAGCUUAUUUUACAAGAUUUGGAGGCCAUUGGUAGGCCUUAACAGCUGUUUUUCCCCACUCUUGUAUUUUCUUUCUAGUCAGACCAACAGAGUUAGACUGAUUCAGGAACUGAGGCUGCAUAAAGCAGAUCUCCUUCCUAGGCCUGCAGUGAAGGGUAAGGAGUCAGAUAUCCCUAGUGGGGGGAGUUCCCUUGCUGCGGAAUGAAGCCUGGCAAAAGCAAUGUGAGAAUGUCCCUUUAUUGUAGAUUUGCUCCAAGAGAGAUGGUAGCAGUUACAUUGUAUAUGACUAAGAAAAGCUGUGAAAUGCUCACCUGCACCAGUUACCCUACUGCUGAGACAAGCUUUGAUAGAGUUGCUAAGAGUGAAGACUAAAGUUUUUAUAGACUAGAAGGCAAGUUGUCAGCAUUUCAUGUCAAGCAACAGCUGCAGCUGAGAAAUAAA